AACAAAAGGUUCAUACUGAAAUAAUAGAAAAUAUGAAGGGCUUGACUGACGCAAUUGAACUAUAAGAGGGGUAAACUGCAAUUAAUCUUAUUUUCAAAGAUAGACCGGGAGAGAGGGAGAGUAGGAGAAGCAAGCAAUGGCAUCGAAAGCGUCAACACCGCCGUAUCCAAGCGCUGCUAGAAUCUCUGAUUCUCAGUGUUAUCCUCAGUACACUGCGUCUCUAAAAUGUCUAGAAGAAUAUAAUUCGGACAAGAGUAAAUGUCAGGAACAUUUUGAUAUUUACAAAGAAUGCAAGAAAAAGGAGCGGGAAGCUCGAUUGGAGCGCAACAAGACUAGGUCCCUUUUCUCUUGAAAUUUCUUUUGGAAUCUUCCCCUCGUAUCAUAAGGCGCAAAAGUGAGUUUUCAGCUCAUCAGGGCUGGCGUUAGAUUUAUAGAGUGCUAUACUUGAUACCGAAACAAUUGAUAGAACUGGCUCAAUUGUUUAUGCCGGCGAAGUUCAGAAUUUUCUUCGCAUAUUGUGCCAUCAGUGAAAGAAUGAUGACUGUUUUGGAUUGUCAACAAACAAUGUUAGACUUUGUUUCCAUUCCAAGUCUGAAAUGUUGAUGAUAUGUUGUGUAGCA